AACAACCGAAACAGCGCGAGAUGCUUCACUCCUUCCUCCCUUUCCCCCUCUCCUCCCCUCGUUCCACGCUGCCGUCGCGCGUUGCGACGACGUGAUCGCUGUCGCGCUCUGAGUCGACCCACCCAACCUUAAUCUCUCGAGUUCGCUAGUAGCUUCCGAACCCUGUUCCGUUAAAGCCGCAUCCGUAGCAGCGUCGAUGUCGGGCAGCUCCGCCCCUUCCGCGAUCCCCGCUGCCCUCGCGACUCGCGACGAGGUGAUUGCCAGCGUGGCAGCGGCUGUGGGGAGGCGCGCUGCUGACGUGUGGGAGGGCGGGAAGCUAUCCGACGUGGCGUUUAACGGCGGCGCGUGGGAGGGGGGUACAGCGAAAUGCUUAGGGUCCAAUCCAGGGGAGGCAUACACCGUUGGCUUCGAUAUACUCACAGGCGCAGCAGCAGCAGCAGGAACAGCAGCAGGAGCAACUAGCAGCCGAGCAAGGGCGGGAGGUAGAGGGCGAGGGAGAGGAGGAGGGGGUGGAGGGCCACGGGUGAAGGUGGAAGGGAAGUGCACGUGUCCAGCACACGCCCGGUCGUCCAACGGGGUGUGCAAGCACGUGGCGGCUCUUCUGCUCGAGCGCGCCGCUCAGCUUUCCUCCAGGGCUCCCCUUCCAAGCGCAAGGCCACCGCCCACUGCAGGUGGCACGCCACCCCGUGCUGCCGACACAUCAGCGCCUGGGCGUGACACGUCAGCAAAUGCUCCUGCUACCCCUCCUAGGCCUGUGGUUACUGCUGCUGGCUCGGGUUCAAUCAGGGCUAUGUCGUCCGAGCCUCAGGCAGGCUCGGUAUCUGCUGAGCAGCGUUCUUCCAAACCUGUAGAUGGGUUGUCCAAGCCUGUAGGGUUGGGGGAGGAUGGAGCGGACGAAAGGGAAAGAGGAACGGGAGAGGGGAAUGGGAGAAUAGAGGAGGAAGAAAGGAAGGGAGGGGAAGAGGCUGGGAGGAAUAGAGAAGGGGAGGGCAUGGGGAAAGGGAUGGGUUUAGUGCGGUGUGGAGGGAGGGGGGGAGGUGCAGCAGGGAAGCGAGGGAGGGUUCUGCCUGCCUGGAUGCUUGAGGUGAGGGAUGGGGCGAAGAGGGACGAAGGGCGGGAGACGGGAAGGGGGAAGGGGGAGAAAGCGAUUGGCGGUAUGCAGAGAGCAGAGGGGGAGAAGCAAGCUGGUGGGGAGAGGGGGACGAGAGGAAGAGGGAAGAGAGUUGGGGGAAAGACAGGAGGUGCUGUGAAGAGAGUAAGGAGGGUGAGAAGGAGAGUAAUGGGGUUUAAAUUUGAAGAUGACCAUGAUGGGGAGGAGGAGGAGGGGGAGGAGGAGGAGGAGGAGGAGGAGGAGGGGGAGGAGGGGGGAGGAGAGGGAGGAGAGGUGGUAGAAGGGGAAGGGGAGGAGGGAGAGGAGGAGGACGAGAGGAAGGGAACAAAGGAAGGAGAAGCUGAGGCGACGAAUGAAGAGGAGGAGGAUAGAGAUGCAGGGGCGAGAAGAGGAGCAAGUGAGAAGGGACGAGGUAGAAGAAGGGGGGAAGAGGUGCGGAAGGAACGGGCGGAGCAUACAGGGGUGGGAGGGGAGGGCAAGAAGGUGGGGAAGAGAAGAGGAAGGGGGACACGUGUGCAUGCGAGCUGGGAGGAGGAGGAGGAAGAUGGGAUGGGAGUUGGGGAGCAUCACGAGCCUGCUGCUGCUGACGUGGCUGCUGAUGCUGACGUGGAUUUCACCGAUGCUGAUCUGUUGCAGCUUGCAGGACUGCACGCCAAGCCCCAGAGGCCCCUUGAAGCAGCAGGCGAACCUCGAGCAGCAGCAGCGCAGCCCUCUGCAGCACUGGCUAUGGCAGCAGCUGCCACUGAAUCAACAGAGGCACCAGCAUCAGCAGCAGCACCAGCAGCACCAGCAGCAGCAGCAGCACCAGCAGCAGCAGCAGCAGCAGCAGCAGGACUCCAGGAAGCGACACCCCCACUAGUGCGUGAGCUACGCCCGUUCCAGUCCCUGCGUGAGGCACGUUCAGUCCAGCCCAUGCUUCAGACGCAAGACCCUCUGGAAGCCAGUCAGCAAGACAUGAAGCAGAGCCAGCAGCAGCCCACCCAGCAGCCCACCCAGCACGACAACAUCUUUUCGGGCAGGCGGUGGCAGGCAGUGGUGGAAGAACCAGCGCCAAUCAGCAGCAGCAGCAGCCAGGAGCCGGUGGGGAUCAACGACUUCUUUGCCAGCCUGACAGCCAGCAUGAAGAGCCGGAAACGGCUUGGUGACCGUGCUAAGCCCUAGGAUGUCAAGGGCAAAAGGCUUGUGCUUAUCUCCCAGCAGCCAGGCUCUGGUGGGAAUCAACGACUUCUUUGCCAGCCUCACAGCCUCACUUCUUUGCAGAGCCUUAAAGGGGUUGGUGGGGACCAUGGGGUCAGGGCCCAAAAUAUCCGGGUAAAAUGCCCUGAUUACUCUGAUUUUCAGGGUAUUUUUUCGAGUUAGGCUGAUUUUUCAGGGUUUGCGAUUUUACAACCCUGAUUAAAAAAGUGUAGCAAAUGUUUUACCCUUCGAAAACCAGGGUUUGCGACCUUCCAGCCCUAAUGAAACAGGGCAGCAAGGCAACUACCCUUAAUGCGCUGUCUGGCCAGCCAAAAUCAGCGCCAGAUGCGUACUGUGGGCGUUAACUGGCCCUUAGCCGAAAUCAGGGCUCGAUGCGUGCUGGGGGCUGUGUGAGGGCGCUAACUGACUCUUAGCCAAAAUCAGCGCUCGAUGUGUGCUGGGGUGGGGACUGUGUGAGGGAGGGUGCUGAUUGUGUCAAACAUGUAUAUAUACUAUGUUUGCAUAGACUGAAUAGAGUCAUGUCUUAUAU